AUGCCGUGGACCAGAUCAACGACUAUGAUACCUAUUGAAGUACCGCCUCACUACACUUCUCAGUUUGGUAAGGAUCGCGAUGAACAAACCAAAUUGGAGAUGAAACACCGUCAAGAAGAAGACGAUCUAUACAGAAAAUUCUCUAAACACCGCGAAGAAGAGAACAGAAGAAUACGUGAAGAGAUACAGAAUGAAUGGGAAAGGGAACUCGAGAGACUGACUAGUCGCUUCCAACAAGAAAUGCAGGUGAAGAAGCGGCGUCCUGACGCAGAGUUAGGCGCCCUAACCCUGAGGCAUCAGCAGGAGAGAGCGGACUUGGAGAAGAACAUGACACUGAGAAGGGAUAAGAAGAAGGAAAGUCUGACAAGAAAAAUGUUGGAGCACGAACGGGCUGCAACCGCGGCACUAGUCGAGAAGCAAAGUCACGAAAUGAUGGAGUUGAUCCAAGAAAGACGGUCGGAGUAUAUGGCUGCAUCAUCUCUGUACCUUGACGGCGAGGAAGCGCCUCCGUACCCCUCCCGCGCACCCGCCCCGCAACCCCCUAUCGUGUCUAAGUUCCAUAUUUACACUGACCCAACGGAGUUCGCUGACGUGGACAAAAUAGCUAUUUCGGUAGCGCAAGAAGACCAAAAAACAUUCACGGAUUUAGUCCGGCAGCUCGUAGGCCGGUGCGCCACAGACGUGGAGAAAGCGCGGACUAUAUUCCGCUGGAUCACCGUAAAGAAUCUGAACAACAUACAGUUCGAUGACAACCUGCGUGGUGAUUCACCACUCGGCCUCCUCAGAGGCAUCAAGCACGGCACCGAGAGUUACCACGUACUGUUUAAAAGAUUGUGCAGCUACGCAGGCCUCCAUUGCGUCGUGAUUAAAGGGUACAGCAAAUCAGCUGGCUACCAGCCUGGAGUACGAUUUGAAGAUAAUCGGUUCAGGAACUCCUGGAAUGCGGUUUACGUGGCAGGCGCUUGGCGAUUUGUGCAAUGCAACUGGGGAGCCAGACACCUCGUCAAUGCCAAAGACGCGCCCAAACCUGGCAACAGGGGAAAGAGCGACAGUCUAAGGUACGAGUACGAUGACCACUAUUUCCUGACGGACCCGCGCGAGUUCAUUUACGAGUUCUUCCCGCUGCAGCCGGACUGGCAGCUGCUGAAGACGCCCAUCACGCUGCACGACUUCGAGGAGUUGCCCUUCGUGCGCUCCCUCUUCUUCAGAUACGGGCUGUACUUCAGCGAUCCCAAUACCAAAGCCGUCAUGUAUACUGACUCCACAGGUGCGGCGACUAUGCGUAUAGCCAUGCCGGCACACAUGCAGAGCUCCCUAAUAUUCCACUACAACCUCAAAUUCUACGACACGGAGGGCGAUGGAUUCGACGGCGUCAGCCUCAAGAGAUUCGUCAUGCAGUCAGUGGUAGGUAACGUGGUGUCGUUCCGUGUGCACGCGCCCUGCAGCGGCGCCUUCCUGCUGGAUAUCUUCGCCAACGCGGUGACGCCGCGCGAAUACCUCACCGGAGAGCCUAUGAAGUUCAAGAGUGUCUGCAAGUUCAAGAUCUGCUGCGCUGAACUGCAGACUGUGAUGGUGCCGCUGCCGGACUGCGCGAGCGGCGAAUGGGGUCCAACCAAAGCAACCAGACUCUUUGGUCUAGUACCCAUCACCCACCAGGAGGCAUUAGUGUUUGCCGGACGGGAACUUGAGAUUCAGUUCCGCAUGUCACGACCUCUCGCGGACUUCAUGGCGACACUUCAUAAGAACAGCGUAGACGAGAAACGCCUCUCGAAAUAUGUUCAACAGAAUGUGUCCGAUGACAUCGUCUCCUUCUACAUUACAUUCCCAGAAGAAGGUCAAUACGGUCUAGAUAUAUACACGAGAGAGCGGGGAGGUCCCACAGCGAUUCAUCAGAACGGCUCCACGGAAAAGGAAAAGCAUCUACUGACGCACUGUUGCAAAUACCUCAUCAAUAGCAGCAAAAGGAAUUGAGAGUACUUUAAAAAUCGAAAUCAGUGGCGACAUAAGGGAGACAGAAUAAUGCUAGCUGUCCCACUUCAAAAGAUGACAUAUAUUUCACGAAAGAUGAGUCGUGUAAUCGUGUAAAUGUUUGACAGAUAUGUACCACUCUUAAGCCUUAAUUACUUUAUUAGUGGACUCUUGGCAUUUCAUUCAGAUAAGUGCUACGUCAAAUGUUUCUUAAGGAUUAAUAAAAAAAAAAUAUCUUAUGGAUUUCCCAUGUUGCCUUUAAAUGAGUGACACAAGCUAAGUUUUUACUUCUAUUAUUAAUUUUGGGCGCCAACUUUAUACUGAGAUCAGAAAUAUAUUUAUGUAAAAGUACAGUAAGCACAUAAUUAAAUGCAAUGUAAUAUAUUUUAGUACGUUUAGAUUAAUAUAGAGAAGAUAAUUAUUUUUAUUUUAAGUGUCCAAUAAAAGGUGAUUCGAGAGCCACGUGAUAUUUCGCAGUCUUCCAACAAUACUGCCAAAUAGAAAAUCAACCUUAUAAUAUGUGUGCUUGUGGCGUGAUUCUGUUGUACUUUCAUAUUAAUUUCAGUGUAUUAUUUUUCACGUGAAACAUACCCAAAUGUAGAUAAACUAAGGUAUGCUAAGUUAAAUAAAAUCCGUCCGAUUAAGUUAAAAAAAAUAUUAUAUUUAUACUUAUAAUUAAUACAUUGUCAUUGUAAAUGAGAAACUGACAUAAUGAAUUUUUUUUUAUAAAUGCAUAAUUUUAAGUACGAGAGGUUGUGUAGAAGCAAUUAAAUUGCUAUUUUAUAUAAAUAUUUUGCUUUAUUUCGUUAUAAUUGUAUAAACUUUAAUUAUAGAUAUAAGCAAUACUGUAGCCUUUUUUAUAUAUUAUUGCAAAAUAUGUAAGGCUAAUGUAUUUAUGUAAACUGCAUCCAACUCAUUCUUAAUCAAAUGUAUACAACGCAACGUAUAAACAAUACAUUACGGGUGUAGACGAUUUAUUAUUAUUAUUAUUUUAUAUUCUCGGAAUAUAUUUUAAACAAAUCUAAAAAUAAAAUUAAUGUUAAAAUUUCCCGCUAAAACUCUAACCUCUGUUAUGGCGUCGAUGUGACGUCACAGCCCUCUAAAACUAACACAAACAAUAACAACAAACAUCGUUCUCUGUAUGUCAAUGUCAAAUUUAUGACACCUUUCUUAGAGACGUAACGAGCUGUUUGCAGUAACGUGACAACGAGUAUAAAAUUUAAGUGUUAAAAAAAAUAAUAUGUAUUUACUUUAGUUUACUGUCUACACCCGUAUUUAAAAUAACAAAAAUCCAGCAAAACUUGACCUGACGCUUCGUUGUGGCCUACACGAAUAAAUAUCGUGGUAAAUUAUGUAUAACCAAACUAGGUUUUUAAGGAAAUAGAUUAUUAUCGUCUUUCGUAUUUUCAUCCGUUAUAUCACACCUUUUAGGUCUAUAUUCGCGAUAAAAAGUACCCUGUCUUACAUAUAUACUGGCAGAAUUAAAGCCUGUAUUAGAUGCAGUCAAAAUAUUUGUAUAUUAUUCAUAAAGAAAUGUCUCAUACAUAAUACACGCACAAAAUGAAAUAUAGCAAUUUAUUAAUUUAAGAAAUAGAUAAUAAUGUAAUUAAAAUAGGGCAUUACUUUAAUUUAAAACUAUAGCGACACCACAAGCUAAUUAUCCAAACGUUGUCAAUCAAAUUUUUGCCAGCUUAUAAGACCAAAUGAGUUGAUUAAUCUUUUCGUUUCUCCAUUAAUAUGUACUCUUUAAUUAAAUUAAAUAAAAGUGAAAUAAAAAAUGUAUACAUCGUGAUCUGAUAACACUGCUAUAUUUUGUUCCUAGAUAUGAAAAAAUUGACUAACAAUAAGACCCAAAGUAUUAUGUGAGCAUUGUUAGUAAACGAUACAUUUCGCUCCAUCGAAACUCAAACUCCAUCAUUCCCACGGAGUAGACUAUUAUUUGUUCUUAACAAUUACAAUAGACUAUGUAUUUUUACAGAUAAACUAGAAUUCUUAUAAGAUGAGUUCGCUAAUCUAUUGAGAUAUUUAUCAUCGCACGAGGUUCUAAGUAUUGCUUGCACACUAGCAGCAUCUAGCGGCGACGCGAGUGAGAGAAAAUAGUCCCAAGUAGGUUGGUUACAUUUUGUUGUAUGGGAU